UAUUAUUGGCUAACUUCACUGUUGCUCCAUUUUCCUGAACUUGCUUCUGCCAUAGAAAACCUAGGCACCAUGCAGUUCACACUGUGAUCACCUCCUUCAUACUUGACAAGCUACCCAGGUUCAUGCUGACAAAUGUUUGGAGGGAAGAUCUAGACUCUGAAAGCGUCGUGACUUUUUCCUGACAGAGAAGACACAUUUUAGGUCCAGAAAUUUAUGUACUUACAUUGCUAAAAUAAACUAAUGCUAAUGAAGGAAAUCAAUCAGUCACAUGUGACUGAAUUCAUUCUUUCUGGGUUCUCAAAUAUCCAUGAAUUUCAGACCAUCCUGUUUGUGAUUUUCCUUGUGAUAUACCUAGUAGCCUUGAUAGGAAACUCCCUCUUAGUGUUGGUCUCCUCAGUGGACCCUGCCCUUCAAACCCCCAUGUACUUUUUCCUCAGGAGUCUGUCCCUUAUGGAUAUCGGCUACACCACUGUCAUCAUCCCCAAAAUGCUCAGCAAUUUCCUGUCGAAGAAUCAAAGUAUUUCCUUUGGUGGGUGUGCAGCCCAGAUGUAUUUCUCCUUCUUUCUCGGGGGCUCAGAGUGCUGGAUCCUGACAUUGAUGGCUUAUGACAGACAGGUCGCCAUCUGUGACCCGCUCCGCUAUUCACUCGUUAUGAACUGGAGACGCUGUCUUCAGCUGUCCUUGGCUUCCUGGCUAUCAGGGAUUCCCGUGGCAACAGUACAGACUACAAUGAUGUUUACAUUCCCCUUCUGUGGGCCUAAUGUAAUUAACCAUUUCUUCUGCGAUGGCCCCCCUCUCUUAGAGCUGGUGUGCACAGACACCUUCGCGUUUGAAGUGUAUAGUGUCACGGCGACUGUGACUUUUCUGAUGUUCCCCUUGGGAAUGAUCAUUGUAUCUUAUGUCCAAAUUCUUGUCACCAUUGUGAAGAUGUCCUCUGCCGAGGGCCGGCACAAAGCCUUUUCCACCUGCUCGUCCCACCUUAUUGUGGUCUCACUGUUCUUCGGGGUUGCGAGUUUGACCUAUCUCCGAGUCAAAUCCUCCUACUCUCCUGAGACCAAGAAGCUGCUUUCUCUCUCCUAUACUGUCUUCACUCCCAUGCUAAAUCCCCUGAUCUACAGUCUGAGGAAUCAAGAGGUUAAAGGUGCCCUGAAGAGAAUUUUGGGUAAAAAAGAUAUUUUGCCAUGA